CUACUCCCGACGACCUAGGUGCCUUUGGUAUUUCGACCGACGACAUCACAAAUCAGACAAAAUGGCGCCCGCUGCAGGAGCUAAGAAGCAAAAGAAGAAGUGGUACGUAUGAUCCUAUGCACACACGCACACUUUGAGAAGAACUUGUCGAAAUAUUCCCCAACGAUACUCUACCCUCGGACGCCACUGCCUCUCUACCAUCCAUCGAUCACCCGACUUACCCAUCGUUAUAGGUCCAAGGGAAAGGUCAAGGACAAGGCCCAGCACGCCGUCAUCCUCGAGAAGGCCACCUCCGACAAGCUCUACAAGGAUGUUCAGUCCUACCGCCUGGUGACCGUCGCCGUCCUGGUCGAUCGUCUCAAGAUCAACGGCUCCCUGGCCCGCAGAUGCCUUGCCGACCUCGAGGAGAAGGGCAUCAUUAAGCCCGUUGUCCAGCACAGCAAGAUGAAGAUCUACAGUAUGUUGAGCCUACCAUCCCACGAGAGAACACAAGAGCCAGCCAAGCUAACAUUCAUCACCAGCCCGUGCCGUCGGUGGUACUGA